AUGGAUCAGCAGACGUCGACGUCAACGGUAACAGUCGAGUACUUCGAUCCCCACGAUGUGUUCAAGCUCCUCGCCCCGGGGCUCGUCCCGCGGCUGCCCCUUCACAACCUCAACUGGCAGUCCCACUCCGGGCCGCUGAGGUCCAUCGACACGCUGCAUGUCGAGCUGAUCCGCGGCAAUCUCGAGGUGCCAGAGGCCACCCUGUCGCCGUCAGGGCGGCGCUCGGGCAGCAUCUCGCGGGGGUCCGACGGCUUGCGGUCUCGCAGUGUUAGUGUCUCUACGGAAUCCGGACGAGCGCCGCCCUCGCUUCGAUCAAAGGCCAGCGGGAAUCUGCGGCGACACCAGAUCCCGGGGCUGCGCCGCACGCCGUAUCUGAAGAUGCUGCUGGUCCGGUGCGAUGACAACGACUCCUACAAGAACUCGGUGCGAGCCGAGGUGCGCGAGUGGGUCAAGGUGCACACGACGCCCGCGAGUACAUCGAAGAAAGGGAGCGGCCAGGAGAAUCACGAUGCCUUUGAAUGGCUCAUUGUCCAUGUUGUCAUACCCAACACGGUGGCUUCGACCCAGCCGAGAAGCAGCGGGAGGUCAGAUUCGGCGGAGAAGAGCACAGCAUCCCGAUGGCGCCCUGGGACGACCCCCUUGCUGGAGAAGCUCCGAGCAGACUUCAACGCCACCACCAAGGGAUCCCAGGACCACGUCGCGCAGAUAAGGAUCGGGAUCAAUGAUGUGCCGUACGACCUCUUGCCCAGGGUUGUUCCAGCGGUGCCCACAGGCUACACGGAAACGGAACUCGACGCCGAGAACGCCUGGAAUGACUUGAUCGCAAAGAUGAAGAGCCUCAUCCUGGCCUCGUUUGACAUGCGAGUGACCCAGUACGAGGAGGACAUUCGGGAAAAGGACGCCCAGCGAACUCUGCCCGGCUGGAACUUUUGCACCUUUUUCAUUCUCAAAGAAGGACUAGCGAGGGGGUUCGAGAGCGUUGGGCUCGUGGAGGAUGCUUUGGUUGGGUAUGAUGAGCUCAGCGUUGGACUGGACACGAUUCUUCACGAGCAGCUCGAAUCGGGCCAGCCGGAGAGGCAUGGUGGUGAAAUGCUUGCUUAUACGGAAGGGCUCAGGGAAAUGGCCGAGAAAGCACUCGAAAUCACAGCCGAAUACAGCAGUGAUGGUGGCAGCGAUGCCGAGUCCAAGACACUCAAGGCCAAGGGACCCAACUUUGACCAGAUAGCCAUAAGCUCGACAGCAAAGGCCUACCGAGACAUGAUUCUGGCGAACAAGGUGUCGGUAUUCGACUUCAGAUGCUACAUCUUUUCCCGCCAGAUCGCAUUGCUGCUGAGGCUGGGCCAUGCGCUCUCGUCCAAAGAAGAGCUCAUAGCCAUGCUGAAGAGCCAGCAGGAGUCUAUCCUCUACGGCGAAGCACCCCUGGCACCGCCGCCGCCAAAUCACAAGGACGAGCCGGAGAACCUCACCACGUUUGCAGAGAUAUGUCAGCGGACACUGCAAUUCAUCCCAUCGGUGUCUCAGAUACUGCGGCGAGAUGUGAUUCUGGGAUUAACAGCCAGUAAGACACCGAGUCGCAAACCACAAAAACUGAGCCCCUUGGUGGAAGAAACAGUCGACAACAUGGUGGCUUCAUUUGCCUUUUCAGUUGCCCAGCAAAUCCUCGCUCAAACCUCGACGAAAGCUCUGCCGAUUCCGCCAUCCUCCUUGUCAUAUGGGGACGGACUGGAGCAGAAGACCUCCAUCCCAGAGCCCAAGACUAUGAUUCACCCAGCUCGGAACUCAUCACUUUCUCCGAGAAGCGGCAUUCCACCCACUCCGCUCAGCCCCGGCUUCUUUCCUGGGCCCGGCAGGAAAUUCCCGACAGACGAGGAUGCUCAGGGCACUAAAACGUUUGUGAAGAAUGGCUUGGAGGAUUUGGCAGCGCGGCGGGCUGAGCUGUACAUGCUUUCCAGAAGCAUCCUUUCGAGCCUUGGUAAGAAGCGUGGCUGGAGCGACGGCUGGGACGAAGCUCCCUUGGUUGGAGGAAUUGGCUUCGACAACAUGGAGGAUGUCGACCUGAACGACGAUGACAGGGCCGACGACGAUGGUGAAGGUGACGAGGGUGACGCUUCUACCUCGUCUAAGGAGACAUACACCCCCUCGAUGGCCGGUAUCGACAAUCCCGUGCUACGGACGGCCAUUGACAACACCGAUGACUUCUAUCGCCUGUAUGAAAUACUCACGGAUAAAGCCAUGCGACACUUCACGGUGGCGAACCAUGACCAUGCGGUUCACUCGAGCAUGGCAGAUUUAGCCGUCUUGAAGGUUCACUUGAAGGACUACAAGGCUGCCUCGUCCUACUUUUCGCUCACCACUCCCUUCUUCGGCGAAAGUGGUUGGAGCCUGCUGGAGCUGUCUAUGCUCAUCAUGUACUGCCAAUGCCUGGAUGAGAUCAAUCCAAAGGGCGAACAUGUCGGCGUUGCCCUGAAGCUGCUGACCAAGUACUGCGCUGCCGAGAAGGAACGGCUGCAGAAGAAGUCGGGCUUGAUCCGCUUCUCGCAGAGCAAGACGUAUCCCGAAGCUUGGCCCGUCACUGGCAUCGUCGAGAAGCUCACUCGUCUAGCCAGAUCACUCUCCAAGGAGGUCAAAGUUCCGCUGGAGAACUUCCUCAUGGAUGUUGAGUUGGAUGGCUUUCCGGUGUACGACGACAACCAAGACGGCUGCUCGCUGAAUAUCAGUCUCAGGAGCUUGCUGCCAGAAGAAAUCUCCUUUGACUCUGCAAGGUUGCGAAUCACGGCUGUCGACGAAGGGCCAAGCAGAGAACGGCUCUUCGAGGCGGCAGCAGGCUCACCAAUCAUCCUGAAACCUGGCAAGAACAAGAUACGAGUGAGCUGCCGAUCUGUGGUUUCGGGACGCUACAGGAUCGACCGCCUUGUCCUCUCCACCAAGAAUCUCGUCUUGCACUUUGAGCGGGAUGUCAAGAACGCGUCAAGUAGCACCACGGACAUAUUCAAGCAUGCGGACGUUAUGCUCUUCCAGCGCGCGAGCGCGUUUGACUUUUCCAUGUGUGCCACGAAGCAAACGUCGCUUGACAAGAACAAUUCCAUCGACUUGGUCAUACACACCGGAUGGAACGCUCUCAAGAAAUGCGAGAUCCGAGUGAAGCCAGCAACUGGGGGCUUGCGCUUCCUGACUACGGAAGCGGCGUUUGUGGACUCGUCGAUGCAGUUUGCAAAGCCUCCCGAGGCUGGAGUCUUUCACAUGGACGCCAUUGGUGCGAACGAGGUGGUCACCAUACGAUUCCCAUACUCGGUGGAGCAAGAUGUGGCAGACAUUUUUGCCAAAAUCGAAGCUACGUAUAUUACAGAAGCCGACGAGACAUUCUCCCUGGCCAAAUCCGUGGCAGUCCACGUGGCUCUGGCUCUGGGCGUCAAUGUUCAGGACGUCUUCAAGCACGAAGCGCUCUUUUCCCGGUUCAAUGUGUCGACAGCCUCCGCCAGCCCUCUGCGGCUCUACAAGAGCGAGCUCCUCAAGUCGGAGCUCUUCGACUCUGUGUUUGGAGUGCCCUCCAGCAGCCCUGUCUUUAUAUUUCCGAAGCAACCAGCGAGCCUGCUGUACAAGGUGAAGAGAAUUCCAGGGGCCAAGGCGGGCAAAAGGGGUGGUAGGACCAUGUACCUGAAGCUCGAUUACACCUCACUGGAAGCUGAGAUGGAAGAGCUGGUCAGGCGGUCUCUAACGGAGGCCUUGGAGACAACGAGCCUGACGCAAUACACGAAGCAUGUGGUGGCAACGGCCUGGCGCGAGCUCAAGUCCAAGAUGGUGCCGCGAGACCUGGAACAAGCUACUCUGAUGGGAGAGAUGAUGACCACCAGCUUGAGGGAUGUGGUGUGGGAGAGGCACUUUGCAGGGAUCGGAGGAGCGCCUGGGGUUGGCGAGCGUGCGGCCGAAGAGCUGUCAGCCUUUCUACGAAGCUGGCAGAAGGCCAACGGCCGUCUCGUCAUUCCACGAGAAGGCAUAGUCGAGCCGUCGUCGAUCCUCAUCCCCGUGGAAAUUCCAGCCUUACCCGUGCUGCACACGGCAGAUAUCCGGCUGCAGAGCUCAAUUCCCAGUCCCGUCAAGGACAGCACCAGCGCAGGGCUGCCAACGGUGUGCACGAACCAGAUGCUGCCAGCGACGCUGCACCUCAAGUGGACGCGGAUCUGGGACGCGGACGCGGCAGCGCGCAGCGACCAAGAGUUUAGCUAUGAGGUCACGGCGCCCGCAGACACCUGGCUACUGGGCGGCCGGCGGAAGGGCCACUUUGUGAUCCCCGGCCCGUCGGCGUCAUCGCCGGCGGAGACGAUGACGUCUUCGGCAGCGACGGAGGCUGAGAUCCCGCUCAUCAUGAUUCCGCUGCGGGAGGGCUGGCUGCCGUAUCCGCUGGUCGAGAUUAGAGAGGUGGUGAAUGCGGACGGGGAUGGAGGAGGAGGGGCAGGAGCAGGUGCAGGAGCAGGAGCAGGAGGGCAGGCGACGGCGUUGGGAUGCGAGGUCGAUUUGCGGAAUCUGGGCGAGACGGUGCGCGUGGUGGGAGACAGGAGCGGCAUGACGGUGAGCCUGGACGCGAGCGGGCCGGGGGGAGGGCCGCUGGUGUUUGAGAGCGAGCGGCUACCUGGCUUCAGGGGCAAGAUAAUCGAGUGAUGGCAUCAUGCGAUGUUGAUCCGCAGGGGUUUCAA